AUGCGCACCUGGUCUGCCGGGAAUCUUGACAUACCGCUGCGAGGGAGUGACGGGCGCCAGGAUUCCAUUUUCCGAGACAAGCGCAGGUCUGUGUCAGGGUUGCUUCGGCGCGACUCAACAGGGGUGAGUCUUCCUCUUGGGCUAUAUAAUUCUCUCGGUUCGCGAGACGGCGGUCCCAUAAUCACGAAAUGGGAACAACUUUCGCUAGCAGCAGACCUGCUACGUUCUUUGAAUACCUUUGGUGUUGGACCUCCGAACAAGAUACAACAGCGCGCGUUGCCCUUUCUUCUAAAGGGUGCCGAUAUCAUUGCUCAAGCCCCGCCCACGCAAGAGAGAAUUGCGGCAUAUGUCAUACCCGCGAUCCACAUCGCUUUGACUUACGCGCCAACGAGGAUGCCCUUGCGGGGCCCAAUCGUUGUCAUGAUCUCAACGACAGUCGAUCAGGCCACACAAGCGCAGCGCAUGAUUCGUGAUUUAGGUGGUCCCAUCGGCAUCAAAUCAGCGCUGGGUGUAGGUGCUACCUCUGCGAGCAGCGACCUCACGCAGGAGCUGCGGUUGCUCCAGCAGAAUAUGCCUCAUAUCAUAUGUGGCACCCCGCAGAAGCUCCAUGCUUUGUUUACCUCCCCGGGUGGAAUCUCUGGUUCGGACGUGAGGUUCCUCGUUUUAGACGAGGUCGAUCAGUUGAUCGCCCGCAAUUUGCAUGAGUUCGUCUUCAAUAUCAUCAAGCUGCUUCCUCCUCCCCGGUCUCGCCCCCUGAGUUCGGGUGCACCCGGUACCACUCCGCCUGGAUCGGCUUCGCAAACAAACUUGUCCACACUGGACGCAGGCAACGGCUUGUCAGCGCUAGUGCCUCACUUCCAGAAUACUGCCCGCAGGCUCUCUGGUGUGGGAUUAGGCACGUCUUCGUUUGAUGCGGCCAACGGUGGUUCUGCGCAGCCUAUAGAGCGUCAGACCGCCCUAUUCUCAAACACAGUGCCUCAGGACGUGCUCAAUCUUGCUUCCGCAAUUCAACUGCGCGAGCCUGUCCGCGUUCUUGUCCGCCGGGAUGGAAAUGUCACACAUGCCGAUACUAAUCAGGGCGCUCGCGGACUACGCCAAUUCUACCUGUACCUCGCAUUCACCGCUGGUGGCCGAUCUGACGCUCCCCUGCCUGCUAGUGGUCUUGGGAUAAUUGGUUCUGGUAGAGGCGCCUCGAGCGCGGAGACUGCCCAGGCCCGGGAGUGGAAGUUGGAUGCUCUUGCUGAUUUGUUCGACGACCUUGACGUCCCCCAUGCCAUCAUACAUGUCGGUGGCAUGACCGCUUUGGAUUCCGUCGUAUACAAACUAGCAAGCCGUGGCGUCGAAGCGGUUCCUCUGCAUGGAGACAUGAAUGCUGGUGCUAAGCUGGCAGCCCUGAACAAAUUCCGCAGCCCUUCGAAUGGCAUCAUGCGGCAGUCCACGACGAAGGUUUUGGUCGUUUAUGACGUUCAAGUGAAGAGCCCAGAAGUGUCGCAGAUUCCCCUGAUCAUCAAUUACGAUCUGCCAAAAGCUGUUGAAGAGUAUGCUCAUCGCGUUGCUCCCGCUAUCGCUCCGAGCUACUCGCGUGCAGGCGUUGUGGUCAACUUUGUGACAGCCACAGGGGGCGACGUCGAAAUGUUGCGCUCCAUAGAGUGCUUCUAUAAGAUUAAAUGCCCUGAGGUCCCCAUGAGUCUGCGUGACAUUGUUUAAUUGACGUCGAUCAUCGUUUGUUGUAUCCCUAUCGCUGCUUUCCUGGCUCAAGCUAUCCCGUACCCCAUGCUGCUUGCUUGUUAUUUAUCUCAAGUCGCAUAGCGCAUUCCCAUUGUGUCAUACCCUUCACUGACCCACAUCUAACCCGAUUGUCUCGUUACUACCUAGUUCUUGGGUCUAUACCCAUGUGUCUACACUGUAUACUGAGCAUCCUUCACUUGAUUACCCUACGUACUGUGUUUAGUCUCUGAUCCUGAUUGCACAGUACGGACAG